AUGUUCACUUUCACUCCCCUCCUUGGCGCGCAGUCAUCGUCUGCGAGGGCUUCGCAGUCUUUGCUGGAGCUUGAUGGCGGGAUCAAGAUUCUGGUCGACGUUGGUUGGGAUGAUUCAUUCGACACCCUGGAUCUGGCCGAACUCGAGAAACACAUCCCUACACUCUCCCUCAUUCUCUUGACGCACGCGACGCCGGCACAUAUCGGUGCUCUGGUCCACUGCUGCCGAACAUUCCCCCUCUUCACACAAAUCCCGAUCUACGCGACGAAUCCUGUCAUCGCUUUCGGCCGUACGCUUCUACAAGACCUUUAUGCCUCUGCUCCGCUUGCUGCCACAUUUUUACCAAAUGCUUCGGUCUCAGAACCUAGCGCAUCGCCAACAAGCCCUGCGACCGUGUCGGGUGACACUCAAAACCCUGGUACCGCAAGCCGAAUCCUUCUCCAAUCACCAACAGCAGAAGAAAUUGCUCGAUAUUUUGCCCUCAUUCAACCACUCAAAUACUCACAACCGCAUCAACCUUCUCCUUCGCCAUUCUCACCGCCCUUGAACGGGCUUACUCUCACAGCCUACAAUGCCGGUCACACUGUCGGUGGAACUAUAUGGCAUAUUCAGCAUGGGUUGGAAUCUAUCGUGUAUGCGGUGGAUUGGAACCAGGCUCGUGAGAGCGUGGUCGCGGGUGCUGCAUGGUUCGGUGGCUCUGGUGCCAGUGGAGCAGAGGUCAUUGAACAGCUACGAAAACCCACAGCUUUGAUUUGCAGUUCAAAGGGAGGCGACAAGCUGGCACUAUCGGGAGGCAGGAAAAAGCGAGACGAUCUUCUCCUGGACAUGAUCCGCAGUAGCCUUGUGAAAGGCGGGACCGUCCUUAUCCCGACAGACACAAGCGCACGGGUCCUCGAACUGGCCUAUUCGCUAGAACAUUCAUGGCGUGAUGCCGCGAAUGGCGACAAAGAAGAUGUUCUUCAAGGAGCUGGAUUAUUUUUGGCUGGCAAAAAAACCACUAACACUAUCCGGCUUGCCCGAAGUAUGUUAGAAUGGAUGGACGAGAACAUCGUUCGCGAGUUUGAAGCAGCCGAAAGCACUGAUGUCGCCAAUGGGCAAAAGACUGGUGGGCAGGAUAAGUCUUCCGCUAAAGGUGGAGGGCCAUUCACUUUCAAACAUCUCAAGAUCAUUGAGCGGAAGACUCGACUUGAGAAGCUCCUGGCAGAACCGGGACCCAAAGUCAUCCUUGCAUCUGAUAUAUCUAUGGAUUGGGGCUUCUCGAAGGAGGCUCUCCGACAAGUGGCGGAAGGGCCCAACAAUCUGUUAUUGCUGACAGAGUCUUUCCGCACGACUGAACCGAGCGCCUUACAGAAGUCAACAACGAUCGGAAGCACAAUCUGGCAGUGGUACGAGGAACGGAGGGAUGGCGUCGCUUUAGAGAAAGGAUCCGAUGGCGAACACAUCGAGCAAGUCCACAGCAAUGGACGGGAAUUGUCCUGGGCAGAUGUGCAGCGAGCCCCACUCGAUGCCGGAGAACAGUUAGUAUACCAACAAUACCUCGCGACCAAGCGUCAACUUCAAGAUACUUCCCAAACACUCGGCCAAGAAAACCUUGAAGCUGCUGCAGAUGUGCUCGACGAUGGAUCAAGCUCGACCUCUUCUGAGGACUCGGAUCCCGAGCAUCAGGGUCGCGCGCUGAAUUUCUCGGCCUCACUUGCCCACGCUACUCGAAGCAAACUCGCCGUCAGCGACGAAGAUCUAGGUAUCAAUAUCCUUCUCCGCCGAAAGAACGUCUACGACUAUGAUGUGCGUGGCAAAAAGGGCCGCGAGCGCAUGUUCCCCUACGUGGCACCCAGAAAAAAGGGUGAUGAAUAUGGUGAAUUCAUCCGCCCAGAGGAGUAUCUCCGAGCGGAAGAACGCGAAGAAAUCGACAUGCAACAAAGACGCACCGAUGCCGAGACUAAGCUAGGCCAGAAACGACGAUGGGAUGAUACCACCGGCCCCCAUGGACGCAAAUUGUCUGCCGGCGCAGCUGGGCGGAAGCGUCCCCACAUGGACGGCAAAAUGACCGAGGAUGAUGAUCUCAGCAUGGUCUCUGGCGGCGAAGAUGCCGAUGUAGCUGCCGGAUCCGAAGAUGAAGCCGAAAAGCAGUCAUUCGAGGGACCCGCCAAGGCCGUCUACCAUAAUCACACUAUCACUAUCAACGCUAGAAUUGCGUUUGUGGACUUCAUGGGCUUGCAUGACAAACGCAGCUUGGAGAUGUUGAUCCCACUCAUCCAACCUCAAAAAUUGAUCUUAGUUGGUGGUUCGAAAGAAGAGACCUCAGCAUUGGCAGCCGAAUGCCAGAAGCUGCUAAAUGCCAAACUGAAUGCCAUGGCCUCUGAGCGUGCUUCUAACUCGACUGCCAUUAUUUUCACACCGGCCAACGGCCAGGUCGUCGAUGCAAGCGUCGACACAAAUGCCUGGAUGGUCAAGCUGAGCAACACCCUUGUCAGACGCCUGAACUGGCAGCAUGUGCGCAGCCUCGGCGUCGUCGCUCUGACAGCACAGCUGCGAGGACCAGAGCCCAUUGCCGAGAUCGGGGACGCCGAAUCAGCGGGCAAGAAGAUGAAGCAGUUAAAAGACGAAGCAGCCACUUCUGCUGUCGCCCCCGAUACCAAAUCAGACGAAAAGAUCGAAGUCUAUCCUUUACUAGACACCCUUCCAGCCAGCAUGGCUGCAGGAACCAGGUCCAUGGCCCGUCCGCUGCAUGUCGGUGAUCUGCGAUUGGCUGAUCUUCGCAAGCUCAUGCAAUCGGCUGGCCAUACUGCCGAGUUCCGAGGCGAGGGAACGCUUCUUAUCGACAAGUCCGUGGCUGUGCGCAAAUCCGGGACGGGCAAGAUUGAGAUCGAAGCAACGGCGCAGUCUUCACUUGGUCGUCCUAAUGGGCGCGGAAUAGGGAGCUUCCUGGCUGUUAAGAGGAAGAUUUAUGAGGGCUUGGCUGUUGUCGCAGGCAACUGA